CGUUUUCGGUCACUACACAAUUCUUCUCUUUUGUCAAAUUCAAACACAUCCGAUCUACGAGACGGCGAACACAACGGAAAUUUGGAAUCAAAACAAAACACUGCAUCAAAGAACGUAGUUUCACUACCAAUCAUUGGAUUGAACUAUGACUUUCCACCGAUAACUGUCGCACUGCACUGGGAGCGGCUAAUAGUUCUGAUCAUCGAGCUACCGAGAGGAAACGUUUAUCGCGAUUGAUUGAAAACAUAUUUCAAUCACUCCACCAACAACAAACAGAUGAGCUGCUGUUUGUAGCGAAAACGAAACCGGACGAUUAGGUAUAACGGCUACGACUGGACUGGACUGACUGCUCUGCUGGAAGUAGUUUGACCUGUGGAGAGCGCAAAUAAAACCGACGGACAGACAGCACUGCAUUAACAUUACCAGAGCGUAUACGAAUGGGAGAAACGAUUGGUGUUGGCGAACUGCUUGUUUCCACAGGCAGUUGUGAACCGUGAUAUUCCGGCACACUGUUUUUUGGAUCAUUUGGCGCUGAUACUGUUCGCUCAGGUUAGUUGAACAGUAUAUGCCUUGCCGAAGUUGGACACAACGGAAAUUACAUUAUUAUCUCCCUUUCUUGCGCUGUGUGUGGACGAUUUGAGGCUUUUAUCGACAAGCAUAACGAACUACCAACCGAUUUGGAACUGUGGAAAACGUAGCUGUAGAGAGGGUGGAAAUCCUGUUUUCUCAGGUAAUUAUAAGAAUUGCUCUACAGUGUAUGUCUAGCUGAGGCUAGGAUUCUGCAGAAUACUACACAAAAAAUUUCUUGUGUUCGAUACCUCUGUCAAAGUGCAACCUGUGAAGAUGCCUCCGACGACAUCCUCCUCCAAGAAGACUCCAGCUAUGAAGACCCUGAAGACAACCUUGCGGUCGCUCCUUAACAUGUUCCAGGACAUUUGUGGGUUUGUGGAUAAAUUAAGCGAAGUGACAAGUGCUAGUCAGGUGACGGUUCGGCUGGAGAAACUAGACGAGUUAUGGGUGAAGGUAAAUGAGGUAAUCCUGGAAAUUGAGACCCACGAUGACUACGAUGAAGAAGAGGACGACUGUUUCAAGCAGCGAUCAGCGUUCGGCAGCAAAUAUUAUGACUUGAAGUCCUCGCUGUUGGAUAAAGUCAAAGAUUUCGAGGAACCAGCAGUGCUUAACCAAUCAACCCGCGGUUUGGAUACGUCGCAUCAACCAACUGGGGAGCAUGUGCGGUUGCCACGAAUUAUGUUGCAGACCUUCGAUGGCAACAUUGAUGAUUGGUUGAGUUUCCGUGACCUCUAUAUGUCACUAAUACAUAGGAAGGUGGACCUACCGGAGGUAGAAAAGUUUCACUACCUCAAAGGGUGCUUGGCAGGCGAGGCCAAAGCCCUUGUGGAUCCGUUGAUAAUAACAAGACCUAAUUACCAAAUCGCAUGGGACACUUUGAUGAAGCGCUACAACGACAGUAAGCAGCUAAAGCGUCACCAGGUUCAAAGACUCUUUAAACUCCCAAAGCUGACUAAGGAGUCAGCGUCCGAUUUGCAGUCCCUACUAGAGGUAUUCGAACGAACUACGCAGACAUUGGACCAGCUAGUUCAGCCCGCUGAUUAUAAAGAUCUUCUGCUUCUGGAAAUCUUGUGCGCUCGUUUAGACCCAGCGACACGGAGAAGUUGGGAAGAAUUAUCGUCGACCAAGGAGCAGGACACUAUAAAAGACCUGACCGAAUUCCUGCAGCGAACUGUUAAAGUUUUGGCUUGUUUACCAUCCAAGCUCUCCGAUUCCAAGGUGGAAUAUGCUCAAACUAAGAAGAGAUCGCCAAAUCCUCGUACAAGCCACAAUACUGUUCAGAGGUCAAGUGGAGAUUGCGCAGCAUGUCGAUAG